AUGACCACAUCAUCUGCUGGCAGCAUGACUCCUAGGUCGCCAUUGAUGACACCAAAAACCAGCCAGAUAGACUUGUUAUUGGCAGGGAAGGGUGCCUAUUAUGAACAUGAUGACCUUCCACAGAUGAAUGAGCUUGCUGAUAUUGCUCGAUGUGUUGGCAAUGCGCCAUUGGAUGAUGACCGAUCUUUGUCGUAUCUACUGACGUGUCUUGAUGACUUAAGAGUCGUGAUCGACCGGAGAAAGUUUGAUGCCCUGACCAUUGAGACAUUUGGAGCACGCAUAGAGAAUCUUAUUCGGGAGAAGUAUUCGCAGAUUUGUGAGAUGGUUGAUGAUGAAAAAGUUGACAUCGCAAGCACGGUUAUCGAUGAAGAUGCUCCAUUGGAGGAUGAUGUGGUACGGAGCUUGAGAACCAGCCCUAUACAUUCCGGAAAUAAGGACUGCACUUCCGUUGAUGACUUUGAGAUUAUAAAACCGAUUAGUCGUGAUGAUGCAAUUGUAUAUAAAUGA